AUAAUUUUAUAUCCGUCUUCCAAAUUAAGUCUCCGUCUCUCAUUCUAAUGACAAUCUGAAGUAAUUCCUCAUGUCCAGUCUGAGUCUAUGUUUCAUUUUAGGAUUCACUUUUCCAUAGAAUGAACGUGUGAAGUUUUGUUUUUCGUUUGAGUUCAUCACAGCACGUGCAACUGAAUAAACAUGUCGGGUGUGUCGCAGUAUUUCAAGGAGUUGUAUGGCUUCGAUUGUCGCAGCAGUGAGGCUAGUACCAUACGCAAAAAGUAUCCAAACCGUGUUCCGGUCAUUAUGGAGAAGGAGCCUGAGUGCAGUGCUGGCGAUCUAGCAAAGGUCAAAUAUCUUGUACCAAAAAAAUUAACAGUUGAACAACUGAGAUUCGUCAUACGUCACCAUCUCCACAUGGAAAACAACGAUGCAUUAUAUUUGACUGUAAACGACAUUGUACCGAGCCCGGAAGUUUCGAUGGAGGAGCUUUAUCAAGAGUAUCGCGAGCGCGAUUAUUUCCUAUACUUGACAUACUCUAACAAAAAUAAGACCAAAGGAAAAGAAUAUGCAACAGGAUCUGCUGCUUCAUUCAACCAAAUGACCGAAGAAGCUGAAACACAGAAGAGCAAGUCAGAGUAAUUGUAUACCACAAAUAUGCAGUACACACCAAAGUCCGGUAAUCCUUGAGAGAAAAUAAAUAUAAUAUACAAUAAAAUCUAUUUUUGUUUCAA